AUGCUCGGUCGUAACAGGACCGCAUCUGAUGGCUCGCCGUUUACAGCACAGGAUGAUCCAGACUGGUCCGACACCUCCGAGUCUGAAGAUUUCGUUCCCAGCUCUGACAAAAAUGGCAGGCCGCGCGACGGCAACCGGGUUUCUCUCGAGCAGGAGCGUGCACUACUGCCUUACAUGCCCGCCCUCUUGGACGACCGGCUUCCACCUUGUGGCCUACAACCCCAAGUCGCCUACGAGAAUGUAGUCCGUCGCCUUCGCAAAAUCUGGCUCCAACGCGCCGUCCAAGACGCAAACAAUGUUCCUCUCGUCGAAAUUUGCAAGUGGAUUCUCCAAGAUCUCAAAAUCGAAGCUGAAGAUUCCCCGGUCGGCAGCGAGUAUAGGACCAAGCAGCGCCAACCAUGGCGGCGCGAAGACGUCUUUAAGUAUGAGAUUUGCUGGGCCAAGUACUUUGUGCGCGAAGCUGAAGUCCUGGAGCAGCGCAAGUCCAUGUCUGAGGAAGAUCUUGCAAAGCAGGAUUUCAGGGAUAAGCUACAUCCCAUUCCUAGGGAAUUGGACAUUUAUGUUCAGAAGAGCUGUAAUAAAAAGAACGUACUGAACUCUUGGAAGGCGUGGCAUGAGCGGAAGCGACAGCCAGUAGGGUCACGGGAUACAGGCCUUGGCGUGGAUGGUACGCAGGACGCAGAUGCGGAAGAGCCAAAGGACGACGAAGACAGCCAGAGACAUGGCAUUGACGAGAACGACAAGCAGGACGGCCAAGGAUAUACCUCAGACGAUGACGACGAUGAGUACAACCGAGCACACAUUACCGACGCGGAAGACGAGGACAACGAGGAUUAG